AUGACAACCGGUGAUCAAGAUCAGCAUAAUCAUCCAGAUUCUGAUGAUGAGGUUGCAGCAGGCCAUGGUUAUAAAGCUCCGCAAAAAGUUGACAUUGGCUCCAUUGUAGCUAAAGAUGAAGAUGAUGAGUCUUUAACGCGUUAUAAAAAACUUCUCUUAGGGAAUACAACUGAUGGAAAACGUGUAGAAAAUCUAGUAAUUGAUCCGAAUGAUUUACGUAUUGUUUUACCAGUACGCAUAACGAUUCUAUUUGAAAAUCAUAAACCCGAUGUAAUAUUUGAUUUAACUGGUUCUAUUGAAAAAGUACGUGGUCUACAUUCGAAACGUUCAGUUGUUAUUAAAGAAGGCGAAGCUUAUCGAACACAAUUCGAAUAUUAUGUUCAACGUGAUAUUGUGACCGGUUUAAAGUUAACAAAUAAAAUUGUAAAAACACGUAUUACAGUUGAUAAAUCAAAAUAUAUGAUUGGUUCAAAAGCACCUAACAGUGAAUUGCAAAGCUAUGUGACUGAAAUUGAACAAGCGCCAAGUGGUAUGUUAUCGCGCGGAACAUUUUUAGUUAAAUCAAAAAUUAUCGAUGAUGAUAAAAAUAUUUUUGCCGAAUGGGAAUGGCAUCUUGUCAUUGCGAAAGAUUGGCAAUGA